GCAACAAUAAUGAAUACCAUUCACGGACAAGAUGUCGUCCGUUGUCGGUUGUGUGCCAAUCCCGUAGAAUGGCAUUGUAACCUUUGUCACGUGGACCUUUGCUCAUCAUGCACUCAGAUUCACAUGCAGAACAAAACAAAGAACCAUGAAAUCGUUGAGUUCAUCAACAGAAGAGAAGACCAUGUGUUGCCCAAGUGCAACAUCCACAAUAAAAAACGAUGCGAGAUGUACUGUAGAGACUGCAAUGAACCAACGUGCGUACUGUGCAUGAUUAGUACUCACCAAUUUCACGAGAUUAAAGAGAUAGAUGAAGUUAUAAAGGACAUUAAACAACAAGUCAUUGUUGAAGAUAUCAUUGCUCCAAAGUACAAUAAGAUAACCAAAGGAAGAUUAACCAAGGAUUUUGAUGAUAUUAUGUCGAAUAUUCAAGAUCAAGAGGAUAAAAUCUGCAAGGCUGUGCAUAAAAUUGGCCAAACAUUACGAGAUAAGAUGAAAGAACAAAAAAGAGACUUUGAAGAUAACAACAAUGCAAUGCAAUAUAUGACAACCGAAGCUGAAAAAGAACUUAACGAAAUCAUCCAUAACUGUAGAAGUGUCCUUAAAUCUGUUGACGCUUUAGCAAUUACAACCUACAAAUCAAGAAACGAAUCAUUUAGAUAUAGGUUUACAGAAGUAGGACCGACUUGCCCAAUAUUUUCACCUGGUGUGGUAAUUGAAGACCAAAUUCAAGAAAUGUUUGGAGAAUUUCAAGGACAGACCAGCACACAAUCUAUCCCCAAAAAUAUAAUUGGUAAUCCAAUCUGUUUAAAUAUAAUUAAAAGUCCUUAUGGGCUUGAUUUUGCGCUAUGGGAAAUAGCAUGCACUGGAACAGAGCAAUUCUGGAUAAGUGGAAACGACGAGAAAAUUCAUCAAAUUGACAAGUGUGGAAAUAUAUUAGAAACGGUUUCGGUCAAAGCUGCUAAUGAUGUAUCUUCAUUAUCUAUAAACAAACAACUGGGCCUUUUAUUUGUAGUGAGGUGGCCUGAUACAAAAGUUUACAAGUAUGAAAGUAAUAGAGUCACAACGUUUUUAAAUAUUUCUGACUGGUGCCCUAGAGGACUGUGUCAUACGGUAAAUGACAAUCUCCUGGUAAGCAUGCGCUCGUUGGAUAAGAAAAGAAGUAGAAUAGUAAGGUAUACCGGGACUACAGAGACACAAAUAAUUGAAACUGAUAGUCAGGGGAAGCAACUGUUCUCAGUUGGUGAAAGAUACGUGCUCAAACUAGCCGACAAUAGGAAUGGUGAUAUUUGUGUGUCUGACUUCGCCGGGAAAAAUGUGGUGGUGGUAGAUGUCUGUGGAGAUCUGCGUUUCAAGUACAGGGGCAAUAUCACGAAACGUACACAUAACAAGCCAUUUCAGCCCUCCCAUAUAGUUACAAAUGGUAUCCAACAAAUACUUGUUGAAGAUUUCCCAAAUGACAUUGUACAUAUCAUUGACAGUGACGGUAAAUUUAUCUGUUAUAUUGAGUAUCCGUGCAAUGGAGGUAUGAGUAUCGAUACUGACUGCAAUUUGGUCGUUGGAGAAGAAGAGACGGGUAUCAUCCGGAUAAUUAAAUACAUCGAGUAAAGUUUUCAGUGACGUAUUUACAUACGUAUUAUUUGAAUAUCUUUUUGUUGGCUGGUUGUUUUUUAACAUAAACUACAUUUUUUAUAGUAAAAGUCACUUAACAUGAAUCUAAUCAACCGAAAUUCCAAAAUAUUUUUUUGAUAUUUAGAAAUACAUAGAAUUCCUCAUGCCGCAUUGACGAUAAUUAACGCAUGCUUUCCAAACAAAAAUAAAUGAAACGCGCUCAGUGACACAAUAUGUGGAAAUAACUUUUAUCUAAUGUAUAAGAUAUAUUGUUAUUUUACUUUUUGCUUUGCCUUUUCUGGUUUUCAAGACCACGCCUAAGUAGGAGAAGCAAGACAUCCAGGGAUGGUUUGCAGUCUGAACAGAAACAAAUAAAAUGUAGCUUACGUUCAAUGUGGGCUGUAGAAAACUAAUCGCUAAAGACUUUUAGUCUCGUACUUUAUAUUAUUAAUAUAUUUUGUAUGAAAAUAUAAUUAAAUCUUUAUGAAGUUGUGAUACAAAUAUUUGGAGAAUCCACCAUGUCCACAAACAAUAAUACUCUAUUACUGUGCUUUUUUACAACAAAUUUAUGCAUGCAUAUUCAGUACAUGUACUAGUAUGUGUUAUUAUUCAUUGAGCAUGCUUUAAAAAGACACUUUUUCAUGCAUGUACAUGUAUUUAGCAGAAUAAAAUUGUUAUUUUGAUUUAUUUCUAAGGAAAAAAUAGUCAUCAGUCUA